CGUCGAAUACAGCGGAGCGAAGGCCGAUGGCAUGAUGUACCUCGUCUUUGGCGUGAUCUCCAUCGUGGUUAUCGUGGUAGUUGUCCUCCUGGUGGUGUUCCUCAUGAACAGAAACCCGGCAAAUACCGCUGAGCCAGCGAUGGAGAGCACGACCGGAGGCAGCAAGUGCACCAACCCGUGCAUGGGCGCCGGCAAGGUAUGCCAUCCGGACUCCAAGAAGGACGCCGAUGGGUGCUUCGUGCAAGACUGCCAUUGCUACACGCCAGACACCGCGCAUACGUGCAACAACCCGUGCAAUGGCACUGGCCAGGUGUGCAACUUCGGCUCGCCUUUGGACGAGCACGGAUGCUACAUGCCAUCUUGUCGAUGCGUCACGUGUAAGCACGAGUGCCCGGUGGACAAGAAGUGUGACCCCAACACGCCGGCGGGGCCGGACGGCUGCCCGAUGCCUGGCUGCACCUGCGUGCCGAUGAUUUGCCCAGCCCGGUGUCCGUCGGGCAAGCAGUGCGCGCCGGACUCUCCGACGGAUGUGCACGGUUGCUUCGAUGUGGGCUGCAUGUGCGUGGCGGUAUCGCUGGCUCCAACCCCACCAUGGGUCCCACAUACUGACGAAACUCCCAAGCAAUGCCCAGUGCUCUGUCCUGCAAACUUCUCGUGCCACAAAAUGCAACCGGUCGAUGAAUUUAACUGCUACGUGGCUCCUUGCCCCUGCGUUCGCGACUCGUGCCGAAACCAGUGUCCUGGCGGGCGGAUCUGCGAGCUGAACACGCCGAUAGAAUCCGACGGAUGCCUCAUGUCUGGCUGCACCUGCGUUCCUGAUAGUAGAUAUGUGCAGCCAUCAGCCACGACAUCUGCGCCAGUAGAAAUCUCGCCCUCAGUGGCCUCAAGUACGACGCAGCAGUCGGAUUCUUCACCGACGUCCAUGUCGAGUGACGCGACAAAUUCUUCAUCUACGGCACACGUGAGGCGGGCUCUCGAAGUCGAUGCCGACAAAGAAAUCUCACCCUCAGUGGUCUCAAGUACGCUGGAGCUGUCGGAUUCUUCACCGACGUCCAUGUCAAGUGACGCGACAAAUUCUUCAACUACGGAGCACGUGAGGCGGGCUCUCGAAGUCGAUGCUGACAAAGGAGGAAUCCCUGUCCUCAAGCGUAGUCCACCAAUGCCAGAGAACGGGAAUGGCUCAGAGGGCAGACAUGCACAGGAUCCAAGCGACAACACAAGUGUACCCGGUUCGCCACCUGGCCCAGAACACCAUCCAGAUGCUCUUAGCACAAACGACGAACGACAGAUCUCAACAAAGUCGACAGAUCACUCCGCCGGCGACGCAAGUUCAAGCCCCGCUGCCGAGGGCACUGUGCGCCAGAGCUCUUCAGCUCAAGACGAGCCCGUAACUUCGGGUACAAGUGCUGAACCUGUCACCGGCAGCGUGAGUGUCGCGGAUGGAGACUCGCCGUCCGAAGAAUCCAAAUUGACAGGUUCUCGUGAAACCAAUGCCGAAUCUGCGACGGAGUCCAUCAACGAGAACGCUGCGUCCGAGGACGACAAGGCGGCUUCGGCAUCUUCACCUGGUCCAGAUAAUUCUGAAAAAGCCGACGCCACAGAAGUUCACGGAGUCGAAAUUUCCUCAGAAGUCUCCGCGGACACGACGGCGAGCCCCGACGGGGGCUUGGUGGUUGAAGGAGAAAAACUGACUGAGUCUCAAGAGUCAGUCCACGACUCUACGACUGAAGUCACGGCGAACGCCGCGGUUGGCGGCCACGAGGCACCGGUGACGUCAUCCGAAGAUUCCGAGAAAUCUGAAAAGCCCGAAUCCCCGCCGCCGGAUGGAGGCGAAGAUACCUCGAAAGACGCUCACGAGAAGGCAACGAGCUCCGUACAAGGCCCUGCCGGCGAAGACGUGUCGAGCGCGACAGAAGCAGCGGGCACAGACCACAAUGCUGGCGGUGAACCGGCUGGCGGCGCUGAACCGGCAACAGAGAUGCCGCCAGGCUCCACUGCGGACGGGGAAAGCGCGUCCAGGGUGCGCCGUAGCCUCGACGAUGCUCGUGUUUUGGUGUUGGAGCCACCAGUGAUCUCCCUGGGCAAAGCGCUGGUGAAUGGGGCGUCCAGUGCCAUCAACGCUACCCGAAUACUCGCACAAGCUCAUCGCGGAGGUGGGCGUUACACGGAAGACACUAGGGCAAAGCACGCUCCAAUAUUGAUACCAUCCGUUGUUGAGCCAGCCUCAAUUGGACUACAAUAUCAUGUUGCAAAAGAUGGGGCGACUAAAGGAAAUAUCACUCGCCAGCAUGGUUUCUAGAUAAAUAAAUGUUUC